AUGUCAUUGAAGGAAUGGAAACAGGUAAUCGAUGUUAAUUUGACUGGUGUGUUUCUUGUUUCACAAGUAGCUGGUCGACAAAUGAUAAAACAAAAAAGUGGUAAUAUUAUUAAUAUUGCAUCGAUGUCUGGAAGUAUUGCCAAUUUUCCACAACCACAAUGUGCUUACAAUGCAUCAAAAGCCGGCGUUAUAUUAUUAACAAAAUCUCUUGCCUCUGAAUGGGUACAACAUAAUAUUCGUGUUAAUUCUAUAUCACCUGGUUAUAUGAAUACACAUUUGACAGCUAAAGGACUGCAAAAUCCUGAUUAUGCUCAACAUUGGCGAACUUUGACACCAAUGCAUCGUGUUGGUGAACCGCAUGAGCUUACCGGUUUAGUUGUUUUUUUAGCAUCAGAUGCAUCCAGUUAUGUAACUGGUAGUGAUAUUCUAAUCGAUGGUGGAUACACUAUGCGUUAA